AUGGCUGGAUCUCGAAGUUCAGAAGUGAGAACUCCGAUCUUCUUCGGUGAGAACUAUGAGUUAUGGAGAAUCAAAAUGGUAACCAUAUUCAAAUCAUAUGGUUUAUGGAAUCUGGUGGAAAAGGGAAUUACGAUUCUUGAUUUGGAGAAGAAAAAGAAAGCUGGGGAAGCUUUAGAAGAUGAGGUUGAUGAGAAAAUGGCUGCAAUCUUCAUGAAAGAUGCAAAAGCUCUGGGUAUCAUACAAAACGCAGUUUCCAAUCAAAUCUUCCUUUGUAUCGCCAACGCAGACUCAGCUAAAAUGGCAUGGGAUCUGUUGUAUGGAGAAUAUCAUGGUGGUGACCAAAGCCUAGAGCCUGUAGAAUUGCAGGAAGUGAUUGCUAUUUUGAAAAGCCAAGAACAGUGGUUCGAUUUGCAUAUUGUUGAUACAGCUGAGAAAGCAUUUGCCUCAUUCUCUGUGAGUCCAAAAGGGCAGAACAAGGGUGGUGCUCAAUCUGGUUCAUCCAAAUUUCAGAAGAAUUGGAAUCCUAAAGGUAACAAUGGGAAUCAAAACCCAAGUUUCAAUAGACUAGCUUUGCACAAAACUUGA